GUGAGGGGAUUGCAGGGCAGACAGGAGGGCGAUGGUAAGUUUUGUCUCUACAGUAUCGAACAGAUUGGAUGGGUUAGACAGACUUUCAUUUCCUUUCUUUCUGAGCCACGGUAGGAGUCAGUGAGACCAUGCCGUGAGAGAGAGAGAGUGAGAGAGGACUGAUGGAUACUGCCAAAAAGCAUAGGUUGCAGAGACAGAGAGAGGGACAUGGGCGUGGGAUGGCAAUGAGGGAAGGGUUGAUUUUUUUUCUCCUCAAAUCAAGGGUUGGUGUCGGGAUUGAGGGGUUGGGUCGAAACGGCGGUAAGACUGUGAGGGAGAGGGGGAUGUCAGAGACAGAGGAGAGGGAGCUGGACGUGGGAAUUGCAGAGAGAGAAAGAGAACCCAGAAGAUAGUUGUUUUGUUGAGAGCUGACAAGAAAAGGGGAGAAACAACGACAAAGUGACAGAAUCUGAGAAUCUGAAGUUAAAAAUGAUUACUGGGGUUUUAGCUUCUGGCACUUUCUUCCCUGCUUUUUAAACCCAUUUUUCUCUCCACCCCUUCAAGCUCUGGAAGUGUUCGCACAGAUUUGAAGCUCAAAAGCGUCAGAUUUUAUGAAACUCCCGGUGGGCCCGGAUUUGCCGCUUGAGAUGACGUGGUCCUGAUCGUCGGUCACUUCCGCGGCAGUUUCGAACAACGGAUUCGGUUCCCAAGCUCCGACGAUUCUGUCUGUGGCAAAGAGAAUUCAGGAAGAGUGGAGGAUCCUGGAGAAGGAUUUGCCAGUUACAAUAUUUGGUAGAGCUUAUGAGACAAGAAUGGAUCGUGUGAGAGCUGUAAUUGUUGGGACGGAGGCUACUCCUUACCAUGAUGGUCUCUUCUUCUUUGAUGUUUGCUUCCCCAGUGACUAUCCCAAUGUGCCACCGGAGUUUGUCAAGGAGAAAGUUCAUGAACGAAAUAAAUCUAAUCGAGAGGUGGAGGCGUUGACUAAUCAGCUGGCUGAUCAGCAGAUGCUAGUUUAUAAUCUUGCAUCAAAGAUUCUUUGUUGGGUUAUCAAUGUAUCAUUGAAGGCUGAACCAGACACUGAUGAAGUAUUUGCACAAGUCACUUUACUUCCCGAAGCAAAUAGAGGCUUGAUUGAUAGUGACGCUUUAACCCACAAGAGGAAUGCUAAAUCCACGACGCCAUUCAAGUCGGACCACUGGAUUGGCGUGUGGUUGUUCAGGCCUUUACGGCUAUUUUGUGUCUGGCAAAGUGUCUGUUGUAUUAUCUGGUCACAGAAACCUUUGUUCGGUAAUUUGAGAAGCAUGGCGAGAUAAUAGACUAAUCAAAGAGAUAGAUGUGAUCAACGAUAAACAGAAAUGGAUUCCUCGAGAUUGCUAAUUCUCUUCAUUGUUCCCGUUCUCUUGGACCUUCUUGCACCUGCCGGAGCCGUCACUUGCACUUCUACAGCUGAGUUCUGCUGGAGAUGUUCCAACAUUGGCACCUACGA